AUGAUCGCGCUGGGACAGAUCUGGCUCAAACAGAUUCAACAUGGAGUACCCAGCCCGUCAAUUCGAGGACCCCUUCCGCACUCACGACUCAACAGCGUGGCUCUGAUCUCAGAGCAUGGCGAGGACGCAGCACUCCUGAUCCGCGGCAGAAAAUCCGAGAAUCCCAGUUGCAUGAGGCCACCUGACCACAGCACGGAAGAGGCAUGCGCAGGUCUCGGAUGCCAUGCUGAAGUCCGUGUUGUGCAUGGCAGGAAGCUCAGCCUACCAAGCCGGCAGCCGAGCCGUGGUGGCCGUCUAACGAGGGCAGUGGCCCUUGCCCAUCGCCGCCACGCUCGGAGCUCUCGAAAAGUGGGACAAAUGGACACGUUGGGCCUCGUUCGCAGCCGGCAGAACACCUGCUGGCAAGUACUGGUGAAGCGGCUGCGUCAAGAUGUCGCGGAGUGGAGCCAGGAGUUGCAUCGGUUGGAGGAGGCGUGUCGGCGCGAGGAGAAGGCGGCUGGCCGCGAAGAAGCUGAAGUUCAGAAGCUGGAGACCGAGCGAGGCCACUUGAUGCAGCAGCUUGAUCUUUCACAGCGGCAGCUUGCGGAGCUGCGCUUGGAGCACCGGAGACAUCAGGAGAGCGCCCUUCUGAUUUCUGGUGUGAGGAAGCAGCAAGAGGAGGCCUUUUUCCUGCAACGGCUGCGGGAAGAGUACUCGCGUGACUCAGAGGCCAUGGAAGUGUCUCUGACGAAGCUGGAACUGGCAAGCCUCAGCAUGGAGGGGCAAGGCCGUGCCCUUCAGCAGGCAACGCAAGAGGUCCAUGAGCAGGCCAAAGCAGAGCAGGCUCGCUUGGACGUGGAGAAGCGUGAGCUGCAAGCUCUCCAGAAGGCGCUGCUGUCCUUGCGCAGUACCCCACCCAGCCCUUCGGCACCUACACCAGGAUUUGGCGGCGACUGGGACAGCCCUUUCGGGUCGACGCCCUUCUCAGGAGUCGGGCCCGAGGCCUGGAGCUCUGGUGUCUCUUUGGUCGACGACAGCCCCUGGAGAAGAAGUCCAGCCGGUGCUGCUGGGGUCCCGACGUUUCGAGAUGGGGUGUAA